ACAACGACCUCGGGAGCGAUUCGAAUUUUCGGAGUUAGACAUACGCUAGCCAUGAAGUUCUUGCGUAGUAUUAGCGUUAUCGUGGGUUGGUCAGCUAAGCGCUUUUCAACCUCCGCUCAAAACCCCCAAAAAAUCGCGAUUUUGGGUGCGAGCGGGGGAAUUGGACAGCCACUGGCACUCCUCAUGAAACAAUCGGUAUUCGUUUCGGACAUAGCACUUUACGAUAUCGCAAAUACAGCAGGAGUUGCUGCAGACCUGAGUCACAUUGAGACUCGUGCUAGAGUGACUGGUCAUACCGGACCUGACAACCUGAAGGCGGCGCUGGAGGGUGCGAAGUUGGUACUCAUCCCAGCUGGUGUGCCUCGAAAACCUGGUAUGACCCGAGAUGAUCUCUUUUCGAAGAAUGCAUCAGUUGUAGCAGAACUUUCCAGAGCCUGUGGCAAGUACUGUGCUGAUGCAAUGAUUUGCAUCAUAACAAAUCCGGUAAAUAGCACGGUACCGAUAGCGGCAGAGAUGUUGAAGAAGGAGGGUGCUUACAAUCCAAAGAAUUUAUUUGGUGUCACUACUUUGGACAUCAUCCGUUCAAAUACCUUCAUCGCCGAGACGAAGGGAUUGGAUGUUGCAAAGGUGUCUUGUCCUGUCAUCGGCGGUCACUCCGGCAACACUAUAAUUCCAGUCUUUUCUCAAUGCACUCCGUCUGUAAGCUUUCCGCAGGUAGGUACGAAACUCAUUUAA